GCUAGUGGUUACAUUUCCUUAUCGGCCGUGACAGACACUCGCCCCGCGCGGAAUGGUAUAAAUCCUCCUUAGUCCCACCCGCCUGCAAGUCCACGUUUCUCCCAGUUUCAACGUCCAACUUCCCUCCCAUUUACCUGUCCUCUGCCACCACACGCUACCUCACCACCACCCAUCCUUUCCGAGACCCAACUUUCCCGACCACCCCGACAACAUGCCCGUUUUCAACGUCACUCUGAAGAAAGACUCUCCUCCCGAGGAGCUGCAAAAGGCCAAAGAGCAGGUGAAGAAGGAAGGCGGCUCCAUCAAGCACGAAUACACCCUCAUCAAGGGCUUCACUGCCGAAUACCCAGAUGACCAAGUCAAGACGCUCGAGACGACCGAGCACGUUCACGUCGAGCAAGAUGGCGAGAUAAGAAUCCAGUAAAGGAUGACACGCCAUCUCCUUUCGGGAAGACGAACGAUACACUUGUUAAUGACCGUCAAGAGUUGCCUUAUGUGAACUGCUGCAAUCCGACAUACUGCUGCCUAUUCAAGCGUGUCUUAGCUGCAUAGGCUGCGGACCUUCUGUUACUGUAUGGCGAGGGACCAUUUUUUGUGAACUCUAGGCCUGCUGCGCGGGGAAUCUGGAUAAGCAGACAGUCUCGUGUCUUAUUAUGAUUUAGUAUUAU